AUGGAGCAACUGCUCCAUAAGACCCUGAAAGAUGCUUGGGGCGACACUUACAUAAAACUGGAGCCGCCCGCACUUAAAAGCUUAUCUGUGGGUAACGAUGGUCUGAGCUUCAGCAGUCGCAUCGUCCACAGGGAGCUGCUGAUAUGCUUGGGCAAGGUACAAUUUGGCGAAGAUAGAGCCCUGCCCCAACAUGUGGAGCAAUUCCUGGACCACAGGGACAGGGAACCAGGACUGUUUGAGACCGAUACAGUCAGCAACCAGCUACGAUCCUCAGGAAUCCUGGAGACCAUCCGAAUCCGCAAGGAGGGGUUUCCUGUCCGGAUCCCCUUCCAAAUCUUCAUUGACAGGUACCGCUGCCUUGUGGAUAUCCGUAGUGACAUCAUCCCGGACGGGUGGAAUUCUGUGGGGGUGCUGAAGAAGCUGUGUCCGGUCACCCCAGAGAUGUACUGCAUUGGCACAACCAAGCUCUUCAUGAAGGAAAGCGUCUACCAGCAAUUGGAGGCCAAGCGGGAACAGAUUGUCCACAUGGCAGUGGUGACCCUCCAACGUUACGUCCGCGGCUUCUUGAUCAAGAAACGAUUCUAUGCCUUACGCUGCAAGAUCAUCCUCUUCCAAGCACGGGCACGGGGUUACCUUGUCAGGCAAAAAUGUGGGAAGCUGCGUCAGAGGCUCAUCAAAUUCAGAUGCCUGGUACGCAUCUAUAUGAACCGCAGGAGGUACCUCAAGAGGAAGGAUGAGGAGCGUCGAAUUGCAGAACAGGAGAAGAAAAAGGCCGAGCAGGAACUGAGUCAACGAGAAGUGAUGAAAAUCGCAGACUUGGAAAUCCCAGCUGACCUGGUCGGACUCUUAAACAGAGUGGCUGGAGCCACUCUGGGGGAUGCUCACGAGGACUCUAACAUCCCCCCUGACUCAAUUAGAGGAGAGUUUGGCCCCGGAAGCUCUAAACCUCUUCAAAUCCUCCGCUUUAUGGGUGACGCCCAGCUCAACGGCCUCCAGGAGAACCUGUUUGGGAACUACAUUGUACAGAAGGGGCUCUCCACACCGAGCCUGCAAGACGAGAUCCUGGCCCAGAUUGCCAACCAAGUGUGGCGGAACACCAAUGUCCACAAUGAAGAACGGGGCUGGCUGCUGUUGGCCUCCUGCCUCAGCGCUUUCGUGCCCUCCCACCAGCUGGACAAGUACCUGCUGAAGUGA